AUGAGCACUACACACCCAAGCUCAGACAUGGAAAGUGACUGUGAUGCUCUGGGUGGCGAUCCAGAACAUAUUUCUAUACCUGGCCCCAGUGCGUCUAAAGGAGAACUCUUGGAGACUCUCAAAGCACUGCAAGCCCAAAUGCAGCGGCUUCAAGCAGAGAACAAGAGUAUCAAAGAGGAGAAUAAGACGCUGCACACUGACAAGCCCAAAUAG